AUGGCGAGCUCGGCGCCCGUGCACACCGCCGUCAACCCGGCCAAGAGCCUGGCCUUCUCCAUCGAGCGCAUCAUGGCCAAGACGGCGGAGCCGCCGGCCGUGCGCGCCCCGCUGCCCUGCGCGCUGCCCGCGCCGCUGCCCGCCCCGUCGCUGGGCUUCCCCGAGCUCUGGAAGGCGGCGCCCUGCAAGGCCGGCUGCGGCGCCUGCUGCAAGGCGGAGCUGAGCCUGGGCCCCGCCGCGCUGCUGCCGCCGGCCGCCCGCCUGCUCAAGCCGCAGCCCGUCCCGCAGCCGCCCCGCGCCCUCUACUACUUCAACUACCUGGAGGCGGCCGCCGCCUUCCCCGCCGCCGAGCCGCUCUUCCCCGCCGCCGCCCUGGGCCCCGCGCCGCACAAGCUGCUGCUGCUGGAGCGCGCCAAGCUGCUGGAGCGAGCCAAGCUGCCCAGCGCCCAGUUCCCGCACAAGGAGCGCCUGCCGGGACAGCUGGACCAGGCCGUCAAGGAGGGCGCGGAGCGCAAGGCCCCGCCGGGCAAGCUGGGCGCGCCGGCCGAGGGCAAGCCCAAGAGCUUCACGUGCGAGGUGUGCGGCAAGGUCUUCAACGCGCACUACAACCUGACGCGGCACAUGCCGGUGCACACGGGCGCGCGGCCCUUCGUGUGCAAGGUGUGCGGCAAGGGCUUCCGCCAGGCCAGCACGCUGUGCCGCCACAAGAUCAUCCACACGCAGGAGAAGCCGCACAAGUGCGCGCAGUGCGGGAAGGCCUUCAACCGCAGCUCCACGCUCAACACGCACAUCCGCAUCCACGCGGGCUACAAGCCCUUCGUCUGCGAGUUCUGCGGCAAGGGCUUCCACCAGAAAGGCAACUACAAGAACCACAAGCUGACGCACAGCGGCGAGAAGCAGUACAAGUGCAGCGUGUGCAGCAAGGCCUUCCACCAGGUCUACAACCUCACCUUCCACAUGCACACGCACAACGACAAGAAGCCCUUCACCUGCGCCGCCUGCGGCAAGGGCUUCUGCCGGAACUUUGACCUCAAGAAGCACGUCCGCAAGCUGCACGACGGCGGCCCGCACCCGCCGCCCGGCCCCGCGCAGAGCUGAGGGUGGCGCGGACCCGCACGGCGCGACACGGCCCGGCCCGGCCCGGCCCGGCGCAUUUCUGCUCCGCCGCGCCCCGCACGUUCGUAGCCGCCGCCGCCGCCGCCGCCGCCGGGCGAGCGAGCGAGGGGGGGUGCGUGGCUGGCCCCUCCGAGGCGCACACCCGGCAGGGACGGGUUGCAGGGGCUGAGCCGCGGGGGGCACCCCCCCCCUCGUAGGGGAGGGGCGGCUGGGCUCUGUCACCCACCCCGGAGACUCCAAUUAUCUCUCCCUCGCAAGAUGGGUGCGCUGCCCGGGACUGCUCGCGCUUCGGCAGCCGUGCCAGCAAGCCUCAAAUUAAAUAAUAUAUUAAAGGGAAAAGAAAAAGGAAAAAAAAAAAAAAAGAGAAAAAGAAAACCCUCCCUCCCCCCUCUCUCUCUUCCAAAGCCACAGCCACGAACACAACAGAUUGAGCAGGCCUGGUGCCUCCGGGGGGGUGAGAGGUGCCUGCGUGGAAAGAAUGACACCUCCAAGUUGCCAGCGCUUAGCGGGCUGCUUGCCUACCCCCGUCUCAGUCCGCGGUGUGCGAGUGCGUGAACGAGUGUGUGCGUGUGCGUGUGUGUCCGCCCCCCUGCCCCACGCUAAUCCCCAGCCCCAUGCCUGCCCCAGGCGCGGGAGAGGCGGGGGCCCAGGUGUGUCCCGGCCGGCCGAGAAGUACCGGGGAGCGAAGCGACUCAAAGCAGCUGCGUUGUCCUUUUCCCUGCACUCCCCUCUGCAAACGUCUGAGCAACCGGUUUGCUGCUAGAAACAUGUUAAUUGCCAACGGAGCUCAUUAAGGCAUGCACAUGCAAAACACAGCGAGGGAGAUUACAUGGACAAAAGCGCAAUAAUGAACUGUCAACAAUCGAACCCAUCUACACGACCAGGAGCACUCAAGAAUGAGGCAUUUAGAGGCAACAAAGGAUUGUCUGGGACAGGAAGAAAGGACGACCUAGACUUUUGUUUAGUCAACACAAUUGAUUACAAAUGAGAGAUUAACAGGAUAGCUCCAGAGUUUUUUUGAAGGAGGCAGAAGAGAAAAGUCCAAUUAAGUGCACCGAAUGUUAACUACAUUGAUUUCCACCGCCAGCCCCCGAGAAAUUCUCAUUAAACCAUCCCUGGCGAUCCCUUUUGGAAAGUAAUUUGUCUCCCUGAUGGAGCAGAGAAAGAGAGCCGUGUAAAGAGAAAGAAGCGCUAGUUCUUGGCACAAUGAGCUUAGGAGACACGCUGCAAGGAGCCAAAGGGGGAGUUAAUGAGCAUCUGACAAGCCGCUUGGAUCCAGGCCUGGAGAGCAGUGAUGAAAAGAUGGAAUUGGCCAACAACUAUUCUUUAUAUCAAACAUAAAAAGGCCAAUCUGAAACAGGACUGCUCAAAGCUGGUGGAGAAGAAAAGAAAGGCCCCCGCUGGGGAUGGAGUGGAGGGCUCCACUGCCCCGUUGGGAUGGAAAAAAACCUCCGGGCAUGUCCUCUCCCCAGCACGCUGCUGCUGGACAGGGUGGCCUUCCAGCCAGCGCUAACUGGCCGAACAAGGACACGGCUUGCUCACCCUCUCCUUGUGGAGAGGCCUGGCCCCCAUCCACACCCCCCCCUCUGCUAGCGCCACCCUCCUUCCUGAAGUCUCUAGGAAGGUCACAGCCACCCGGCCAGCCUCCCCCCCAGCCAGAGGCCUGGGAAGCACCAUCUGCCUCCACGCUUGCAGCCAAAGUCACACGCAAAGACUUCUGCCACCACGGGUGAUGGACAUCCUCCCAGCGUUCGCACUCCAGCACAGGAGCCUGGAGGGAAGCCUGGCUUCAUCACACCUCUCUUUGCUACUGCCGGCCUGUGCACCAAGGCUACGUGUCGAACAGGGGGAGGGCUGUAUUUUAAGCAUGUGAAGACAAGAUAGAUAGUUAUAAAACUUUUAACGUGGUAGUUGUUAGAUGUAAAUCCCCGACUCCAUCUUAGGGUUCAGCUCAGCCAGCUAGCGCAUUAAAAUGAUGACCACCUUGCCUUCAUGAAAUGACAGCACAGGUUUCAAAAUAGACCUGGCCUCCCCUCCAGGGAAGACCUGACCGAGCCUGCACAAGUUUAAGUAGCCUGGCAGGACACUGGGCUCUCUUUCCCUCCACCUGCUGAAAUUGAGCUAAGGGCAUUGAAUUGUGUCUACAAGGGCAUUCAGUGGGUUUGCAGCUACCUUCAACUAGCUCGAUUUAAAAAAGAAAAUCAUCAGCUUUUCCCCUAGUCUAGACAAGGCCUGUGCAGACGCACUCUUAAAACAGUCUAGAACUGGGUUUAUCUCAACUUUGGUCUAAGGCAGUAUUGACUUUGGUUUAGAAGUGGCUUAGCAAUUUAGCUUAAGUCAAUACAGGGCUAAAUUGAUACAAGCCAUUUCUAAACCACGUGUCCACAGACAAAGAUGUUUGCAUCACUUUCACUUAUCCAGUUUAAGUCUGUGUGUAAACAGUUUCUUAAGGAGCGUUUGGAAAAAUAAUAAAAGUGGGCUUAAAUAUU